GCUAGAAAUUGCACAGAGCAGAAUGACAAAAGUUGGAAAGGACACAGAAUAAUGUAUGCAUGCACACCAAUUUUCCACAGAGGGGCAGCACAUGAUUGGGAGAAAAAGCAGACCUUUUCUGUAUAAAAUGAAACAGCGUGUACUGCAGGCACAAGUGUAAUAGUAAUUAUCAUUAUUACAGGUGCAACUUAGGGGAAUGAUGUUUUAAAACAAUAAUAACAAACUUUUCUUUUUGUAAACUGCUUUUUACAAUCAAGUUGUAUAUAUAUGUGUGUGGACAAGUGUGCGGUAGCUUCCUUUGUAUUCUCCUGAAAAGUAAUUAAUAGAUGGAGGAGGUCUUAAAAAGGUCAUAGAGACAAAGACGAAUGAUAUACACAUUGGUGAGGUUCCUUAGUCGUCAUAGCCCUACUUCCCUGGGAGUAAGCCCCACUGAAUUCAAUGGUACUUUUGACUAGACGUGGGUAAGAUUGCAAUGUAAUGGUAAUUUUUCUCCCCAUGGAGAUGUAGGGAAGAGUAAUCUGCCUAAUAAAUAACUCUCAGUUUACACAGCAGGUGGUCUGUCCACAGCUAUACAAUGCUAUUAUAUGCAGCAUUGCAUCAAGUUGAGUUCAGUUUGAGGAACUCAGGCAGUGUUUAUUCAGCUGCAACAACUGAUUUAUUUAGCAAAACAGGUUCCGCCUUAGAAUUUCCAGCAGAAAGACAAAUCUUUGCAGGGGGUCUGUCAUUCAGUGCUAUUAACAUUGUGAACAGAGUCUCUCCAACCUGGUGGUAAAUUAUAUAUUUCACACUGAGAUGUGACAACUGAGGCUGUGUACACACUAACCCAUUUGUAGCACACACAAAAUGUAGUUUUUCCUCAGUCCAGAUCAUUCAUGUUUGUCCUCUAGAUUGAUUCUAGGUCCUAUUGUCCACAAAGGUGGGUGGGGUUGCUUGAUACCCAUUUGAAAACACUCCCGUUAGCUUAUCCACAACUUUUCCAUCCUGCAUAUGCCCUAGGUGAAUGAAGAAGGAAGUGGUGAUUGUGGUCUUCAUAUAUGCCCAUCCACAAUGUCAUUGGACAGGUGUGGACACCCCUCUGAAGGCUGGAACUGCCUUCAUCAGUUUUCAAAUGGACACACCGCAGAGUAAUGCAGAAUCAAUUUACAGUGAAGUAUAAUUUGUACGUAGCCAUAUCUCAAAGGAACAGUUAUAUGCAAGGCUUUUUUUCUGGGGGGAUGCAGGGGUACGCAUACCCCUAAACAUUUUGUGAAUCUAAGUUUGGCAUCAUUGAGGGGCAGUAUUUCAAUAUGAGUAGGAAAAUGAGAGUACCCCUAAACAUUUUUUUUUAAAGCACUGGUUAUAUGCAAGGCUUUACUAAUGUUAACAACAGCCUGAAAUUGGGGUUUGGGCAGUAUAUCUUUUUCCUUCCACAACACAUAAUCAGUCCGACUGCGUGCAUGCUUAUGCAUAAGUAUAUCCCACUAAGUCCCAUGUGACUGCACAGGAUUGCAGCCUUGGACACCAUGGAAGCUGUUGCUGUGUUCGCUAUGGAAUGAGAAAGACAAAGAAGCUGUCACCCUGUCCCUCUCCUCCAUCCAUCAAUCUGGGCAGCCCUCAGUUACCAUACAUACAUUUACAAAGGAUCAGUUUGUCCCUUGCUUCAGCAUCCGUCUUCUAGAGAGAAGCUACUGCCAGAGGAAAUGACAAAUAUAUUCUUCACAAAAGUAACACCAAUGUUGGCGGACUCAACUGAUUGAUUGUGGCAGCAACAACUUCAUUUUCUUUUCCUUCCUGUGAGAGUACAAGGGGAGAGUGUCAUAAUCCUGUGCACAUCUAUGUGGGUGUAAUCCCCACUCAACUCAAUGGUACUUUUGUUUGCAUCCGUAGAGACAAUGACUGCUAAACCAUAAAGUUUGGGUUCUGUAAUCCAGACUGGGCAGAAGCUGUGUGUGCGUGUGGAGCUAAUUGUUGCCACUUGACUUCUCCCCUUGCAAACCUAGAUAGGCAAAGCUCAGUUCCUAGAGUCAUGGUUGUUCCAGCUUUACAAAACCAUGGUCACUGAGCCAACAGUGCUUUAAGACUAGUUUCAGCAACAUGUAAUAAAGAGCAGUGAGAAAUGUGAUGUUACACACACACUGUUUUAGCACCUUCCUUGUGCAAUGCACCGUAAUUGAAUAGGGUUAAGAAAUGAUAGGUCACUCACCUCUGUUUUCUUCUUCUGUAUCUUCACAGUUACAUCAGGAAACAGAAGGUGGUGCUAUUCUACAAGUACCGUAUGUUAGUUUUUGAGCUUGACAGAAAUUGCCACCCUCAAACCAUCCCAAUUUUGUAACAAAUUGGGAGGGAAUCUUCCUCGUGGCAAAACUUCUAAAUUCUGGGAGAAGUCCAAAGUGAUUUAAUAGGACUAGCAGAUUUUUUUUAAUGGAGUGCAUGACUGCACUUGUUUUGAUUUUAUAGAAAUUGCUUAAACUUGAGGCCCCUAGUGAACUCCUGUGAACAUCUGAAACAAAAAGAGACACGGUGUAUAUACACAGGGUGCACCUUGCUUGCUUGCUGUCUUUGAACUUUUUUCAGAUUUUGCAUGAGAGUUCCAUUCAGCGGCCCAGUGCAAUCUACAACCUAUUCACACCCAGACAAUACUUACUUUAUGUCAGUGAUGGGAUGUUCAGAAGAAGUAGAUUGUAUAUCUUAUGUUUAUUCUGUUAUAUUUUUUCAAAGCACCUUAAAAGAACAUGGGAUGUCCUGUUUUGACUGUGAGUGUGAGCCUGUGGGGCAAAGAAGUUCAGUGGCAGGGGACAGGCCCAGCAAAAGCCAGGCAAUCAAGCCAAGCUGGAGUUUCAGAACCUCAGAGAGCUCCAAGCAGGCAACUUACUCAAAGGUGGGAUAUGUUCACAUUACCACUUAGUCUGCACCCGAUGCAUUCACGCAACAUUAGCCACAAUCCAUAUAGAUCUUAUCGUUCCUCAACAAAUAUUGUUGCUGGAUGCAUUUCCCCCCUCUUCUAUGAAGACAUAAAAAAGGACCCAAAGCGUGAGAUCCAGAAGGUGAUGCAAUUCAUAGGGAAGCAACUGGAUGAGGCGACCGUGGUCAAGAUUGUCCGCCACACUUCCUUCGAAGCCAUGAAAGACAACCCAAUGGCCAACCGGGCUGGCGUGCCCCUCUCGGUCAUGGACCUGUCCAUUUCCCCAUUCAUGAGGAAAGGGACAGUUGGGGACUGGAAGAAUCACUUCACGGUGGCUCAGAAUGAGCGGUUCAAUGAAGACUACCAAAGAAAGAUGGCUGAUACUACCCUGACAUUCACCAUGGAGCUCUGAGAGCCAAAACUCCAAUGUCAGAAUCCCUUAAGAGGAUUCCCUGAAAAGCGAAGGCUCACCUCAGCCAGUGUCCUCAGGGGAUUUGCCUUUUCCAGCAGCACUAAUAAAGAAAAAGUGUUUU